GGCACCGCUCAAUCCACUCCCCUUCUACUCGUAGAGUGAGGGUCGGAAUGAGGCUCAAACGAGGGGUGUUACUGCAUGUGUGACCUAAGACAGAUGCUAUGAUACCAAGAACGUUAUAGGUAACUUCCACCUUUAACCUCUCUCCACUGUCAAUUGCCUCCCCCCAACCAUCGAUAUCCCCAUCCUCUAGUCAGCCUCCAUCGCCCCUCCGAUACCCCUCAUCAGCCUCUGCACCUUCCCCUGAGCCUCCAUCAUGGACGAUAUCCUUGCCAAAUACACCUCCCCUCAUGACGACGUGUUCUACGGUGAGGACGAAGAUGUCCCGAAGCUUACCAUUACGAAGCCAUCGCUCAAACAUAACUUCUCUCUGCCCCCCAUCGCCCAGGUAUAUAUUUCCGGUGUCUGGACUGCUAUUGGAAAACUUGGGAGCAUUUAUCAACUGAUGACAGCCCACAGGUUUUCUGCGUGCUCUGACGGAUGAUUAUUCCAAUCCCGAUUGUCCUAUUAAGCUCGCCCAUGGAACUACUACCCUUGCCUUCAGAUUCCAGGGCGGGAUCAUCGUAGCUACAGAUUCCCGUGCGACCCAGGGAAGCUGGAUAUCAUCGCAGACUGUUAGGAAGGUUAUCGAGAUUAAGUAAUAUUGUCCAGUCCUUCCCUACUGCUAGCUAUCUGGAUGAGAAUACCGUCCUAUGUGCUAACCCCACCAGUGACAAAAUGCUUGGAACUAUGGCCGGAGGAGCGGCAGACUGUCAAUACUGGCUUGGUUAUCUCGGUGUGGAAUGUAGACUUCACGAGCUCCGUCACAAGCGCCGUAUCUCCGUCGCCGCUGCCUCUAAAAUCUUAUCCAAUCUUGUCUACACCUACAAAGGAAUGGGCCUAUCCAUGGGAACUAUGAUUGCCGGUGUCACCGCCCUCGAAGGCCCGGCGCUCUAUUACAUUGACUCGGAUGGAACUCGUCUUGCCGGGAAUCUCUUCUGUGUUGGUAGUGGCCAAACAUUCGCCUAUGGUGUGCUGGAUAGGGAAUACGACUAUAACCUCAGCACUGAAGAAGCGUUAGCGUUGGGCUCGAGGAGUAUCCUAGCAGCUACUCACAGAGUAAGUGCCCUCCUGAAAUGUUUGGAAGACGGCGGCUGAUGGGAUGGCAGGAUGCAUACUCUGGCGGCUCGAUAAACCUCUACCACGUCAAGGAGGAGGGAUGGACAAAGCAUGGCUUUACGGACACCAACCCUGUGUUUUGGAAGACCAAGUUGGAGAAGGGCGAAUUCUCGAAUGUCUCAACUGACUUUUAAGACAUCUCCUAGACAAAGAGACUGCCUUUUGGCGAUAUUGUAUUUUGUCAGCCCUAGGCUUUGGUAGCAAAUGACUAUUCAUGCUAAAUUUCUUGUGCUCGGGUAAUCCUGUGAUUAAACGCAAAAAUAUAUCUUUGCAUCUU